UUUACAUGUGGUCCUAGUAAAAGUACUUCUUUCUUCUCAGAAUUAAGUGAAAGGAAGUUAAUAAGCAUCCAAUGUCUAAUGUCCUUUAUUAUUCCUCAACUGUGGCUCUGUUAGAGUAUGUUCUGAUGUCAUUUGCUAUGUUUGACAUUAGGAGUGUCAUAAAACAUGUCACAAUGGCAUUGUAUAUGUGACUGUGAGCAGCAGGGGCUUUGCAGAAUCAUGAAGGUGUUGAGGAAGCAGGAGCUGAAGAAGGCUUUGGAAGCACUCAGACAUUACUUUCCCAAGUCACAAGAGGUGUAUGGAUGUGUUUCUAUUAUUAAUCGAGCAGAAGUUGACCACAGAGAUGUGCUGGUGGACCGGUGGCCAGAUUUCAGUGUGCUACUUGUUAAAACAAACUGGCAGAAACCAGACUUUUAUAGAGAUGUGAUCAUUUUUACUAAGGACGAAUCAUGUCUCAGAAACAUACUAACCAGGACAGACGUCCUAGACUGGAAGCAGUUCAUCAGUCUAAGUGUUGAUCUGCAGCAUGAGGAAAUGUUAAAUGCUGUAGCAUUGAACUAUGGUGUACCAAUGAACAAAAUAAGUACCAGCCACGUAAUGAGCCUGGAGGAUCCAUCCAACCUUCCAGCUGACAAGUUAUCUAUUCAAGUCUCAUCAGUCAAGGAGUCUCAUGUUGCUCUGAUCAACAGCACAUGGAAGUUUGGCAAGGGUGAAUUCACUGAGCCCAUGAUCAGGAGCAUGAUCUUGAAUUACCCUUCAUGUUGUGUACUUGACUCAGAGGGUCAGCCGGUGUCAUGGAUAUUGACCUAUUCUAACUGUGCGAUGGGAAUGGGGUACACACUCCCAGAGCACAGAUGCAAAGGCUACUCCAAAGCCCUGGUCACCAUAUUGGCAAAGAAACUGCAUUCGGAGGGCUAUCCAGUGUACUGCUUCGUUGAGGAGGAGAACCAGUUGUCCUACAGGCUCUUAAAAAGUUUAGGCUUCACUGAGGAUCUGUCUUAUAGGAAUGCUUGGUUUUACUUCAAUCAGUUGUCUCUGACUCCAUAAGUAGUUUGGGACAAGGAACAUUCCUGUCAAGAUUGCACGGUUGAAAAGGGUGUUCAGCACACAUUCGUUAUCUUAUCCACACGUACCCCAUGACUGGUUGGCUGUCCACUCCUCCUUUAUCAUAUCAUUGUCCUUGCAUUAUGUAAAGCAAACAAAAAACCAUGAGAAAACAACUCAGUGUUUAUUAUGUCAUCAGUUGUUAAUGUUGUCUGUAAACUAAACACGUGUAUAUGCAUAUUGUGGAAACCCCAUACCAAAAGUCGAAUGAUAUCUCAUUUAAAUAAAUUCCACACUAAACCCAGUCUUUUAGAUUAUACAUAAAAAAUGUUAUUGUUUUUCUAUUGGAUUAGCAAUUUAAAUUUAUAGUAAACAUUAUUUGGUAAAUUACACAUAAUGAUAGCUCUAAAAAAGAUGGAUACUUCCCUGUUUCUUAUGGUAGUGAAAGCUGGGUAUUGGAGUAAAAACGUCUUCUUGGUGGUCGCUUUCUUUUUCUUUUCUUUAUUAUUAGGUUCAUUUUAUUUUUAGGUUAAUUCUAAGCUCACAUUUCACAUGGGUCAGAUGAUGAUAUUGAUGCAGCAUGAAUGUCUGUUUAGAAGCUCUUCUAACUUCCACACACUUUUUGAAAUAUAAUUUUAACAAUUCCGGUGGCCUAUGACUUCACCAGACAAUCACAAAAAGUAAAACAAAAUCUCUGUUUGAGUUUAGGCUUCAAAUAUUUUUGAAAACAUGCAGCCUGCUGUCUAGCUAAAACUGUAGCUAUCAUAACAUUAUGGAAUGCUGCUGAUCAGCUCUCACUGUAUUUAUGGUGUUGAAUCUUAGCUAAUGUUACACUCUGGAGGAAGUAAGUAACAAUUCACUUACUUAAUCUUUGUUACUCGCUGAAGUCUGAAAUGACUAGUUGGUUUUAGUUGGUAAAAGUUGUCUUUUCCGACGUUGGUGUAUAAAAUAAAGGUUAACCUCUAUAAAUGUGGGUUUCCCAGUCCCACACAGUCCCUGUCUCAGCUGAAGAGAAGCAGCCAGAUUGCAUGCUGCCACCACCAUGUUUCACUGUGGGUGUAGUAUUUGUUGGGUGAUAAUAAUCUUGGUUUUGCACCAAACAUAUAUUUUACAGUUAUUUUCUAAAUUUACCACAUGGUUUGGUGUGAUUUGGGUGGGCUUGGAUGUUUGUUUGUUUUUAUGAGAAAGGGCUUUCGUCUAGCUUCCCUAACACACGGCCAAGACGUGAAGAACAUGAGACCUUGUUGACACAUGCAGGGAGAGACCAGUACUUGCUACAUAUUCCUGCAGCUCUUUUAACGUUGCUGUAGGUCCCUUGGCAGCCUCCCUUAUACAUUUAUUUCUUGUCCUGUUGUCAAUUUUGGAGGGACAUCCUGUUCUUGGUAAUGUUACAUUUUCUCUACUUCUUGUUGAUGGCCUUCACAGUGUUCCAUGUUACAGCCAUGUCUGGGAAAUUCGUUUGUACCCCUCUCCUGAUCGAUACCUUUUGAUGAGAUCUUGUACAUCCUUUGUCAGCUCAUGGGUUCAGCAGUCAGAUAAAACCAAGAAUAUGUCAAGAAAAUCACAUUGAUGACAGAUGUAUGAUAAUUACUUUUGAACAUGAGUUUGAAAGUGUUUGAUUAAUUCGGAGCACAGUCACAAUGCCCCAUUAUAAAAGUGUUUGCAAAUGUUUCCCUAAAAUGUUUCUACUUGUAUUUGUACUUGAAUUUUGUUGGUUGCUAUAUCAUGUUAAUGGUGGAAGAAAUAUCUGACGUGACUUAUCUUGCGUCAUUUUAACAUGGGAGUAUAGACUUUUUAUAUCCACUGUUAAUCCUUCAAACAUUCAACCACUCGUUCUUGAGAUAACCCAAAGGAUAAACAUCACCCAGUGGUGGCGGCCUAUGUGGGCAGAAAUUGGUGGGAAGAAACUGCCUCUUGGAAAUUAUUUUGUACCCCUCUCCUGAUUGACACCUUUUGAUGAGAUCCCAUACACACUUUGUCAGGUCUUGGGUUCAGUAGUAAACAGUACAGCCGAAGAACUAUCAUUUCUCCAACCUUUUGUUGUCAUUCCCUGGUGUAAAUAAACAUGUUCACGUUUUUA